AUGUUUUUGAUUUGGAGUUUGUUGGCUACAGCUGCCUGGGCAGCUACAGCAAGUGAUUUGGUUGGAACAUGGACCACCAAAUCUCAUGAAGUUAUUACUGGACCAGGAUUCUACGAUCCGCUCAAGGACAAGUUGCUGGAACCGAAUUUGACUGGCAUUUCAUACUCGUUUGACGACCAAGGCCAUUACGAGGAAGCAUACUACCGCGCAAUCUCAAAUCCUGCCGAUCCAUCAUGUCCGAAAGGAAUCAUGCAAUGGCAACACGGGUCGUUUGAAAUAUCUGCCGAUGGUUCUUUAAUCCUGACCCCAAUUGCCGUCGAUGGUCGCCAGCUCUUGUCUGAUCCCUGUCGCCAAGCGGUUGGUCUAUACACGCGAUACAAUACCACCGAGCACUUCAAAUCAUUCUCCACUGGAGUGGACAAAUACCACAAGAUUCAACGACUCGACUUGAAAAAGGCCGAUGGUUCGCUUCUUCACCCCAUGUUCCUUGCCUACCGGCCACCAAAGAUGCUGCCCACCACCACAUUGAACCCAACACCGACUGGCAAAGGAAAACGUGACUUGUCGACCAAAUCUGGAUUCAGUUUGAUCAGCCGAGAAGAGUUGAUUAAUCCAAAGCGUUGGUGGUGGUUGGGUGUCCUGAUGACCUCGCUUGGAGGUGCGGCCGUUUUCUACUCAUGA